AUGUCGCCUAUUACUUACCAUCAUUUCUAUCAGAAUUCGUAUAUCGUAAAAGCCAAUUCUCUUUCGGGAUAUAUUGACACUAGUGAUAAUAAAUUCAUUCGUGUUGUCUGCGAAGCAAUAAACGGUGUUCAAAGCGUGAUUGGUUACGUGACGAUUGAUGUCGAUCUUAAUUUAAAAUUUGUGCUUAACGUCUUGAGAAAAACCAACCUUGUGAUCGUAACAGAUUCUGACAUGAUAGCCAGUGUAGACUAUGUUCAAGAUAUCUUUUUAUCAUCCGAAUGUGAAUUUUAUCGCCAGCUGGUGCAAUAUAUCAAAAAUUAUAGGAAAAUGUUUGGUAACAUUCCAACUCAGAUCCCAAUCACUCUUCCAUGCUCCUCAGAUGACCUUAAUGUGUUUCUUGCGUGGUUAUGCGACAAAGACGAUCUCAAAUUGGAAGCGCAUUUAACUUCAGAGAAUUUACAAAGCAUCUCGGAAGUGGCUUUUUAUUUUAGAGUAGAUCUUAUUGCAUUUGAAGUUCUGAAAUUCGCUUUAGCGCGUUUCGAUGUUUUAGAGGAGAUCGAAAAUAUGAAGAAGAGAAUGGAACGAAUGAACGCAGAAGCUGAUGCAGAGAUCGAAAAAGAUAAAAAGCGACUGAAAGGAUUGACCUUGAGGAGAGAAUCAAAGAACCAAUGGUGGUUAGUAGAAGGUAUUAAGGAAGCGAAAUAA